AUGGCCCAACAAGGAGGUGAAGCCCCCGUCACCACCAUCGUUCCCUUCAACAACCAGAAGGUCCUUCCCGCUUGCGCCGCCGCUUGCGGUCCCCUCUACGAUGCCAACGGCGCCUGUGUUCCUCCUCAAGUAGCCGCUGAUGCUGGCCCAGCCGCUUACACACAAUGUUUCUGUCUGGAUCAACGAGUCGCUGCUUUCUCGACCGCCACUACGGGUGUCUGCGAUGACGCAUGUACUGCAGAUCCCAAGGGCCUUUCAUCCAUCGCUGGCUGGUUUCGAAGCAUGUGUAGCGUCUCCACAGCUCAAAAUGGAGGAACAACCAAGAAAACUGGAACUGGCGGCUCUACGACUUUGACAGGUGACGAUGCUUCAUCAACAUCUGGUAGCAAGCUAUCUAACAAUGGAGGAGGUGGUGAUUGGAUCUCCAACCAUUGGCAAUGGGUUAUCAUGAUUGUUGUUCUCGUUGUCGGUAUCGCAGCCAUUUGGAUCGGCGCCUGCAUCUGGCGUCGUCGUUACCUGCGCAAGAAGGAUCGUCAGACUCACCUCGGCCAGAAGCACUCUGGAUCUGCAUCUCGACCAUCGUGGGGUCCCGGCAUGGAAGCCUCAGAGUCCGGAGGUCUUCCCUACGACGAUGAAUCGAACCGAAACUCUCACGGCCUCAUGCUACCGGGUGCUGCCGCCGGUGCUCCCGUGGAGGAGAAGCCCAAGGAGAAGAAGCGAUGGAUCGUCCGCGACCGAACAUGA